GAGACAAAAAAAAAAAAAAACGCUGUGAUUUCGCAACUUCUUUUUUUUUCUCGUACUCCGUUUCCGUUGCCGUUGGAAGAACAAUUUUAGAUCUGAUUUGUCGGCGACGAUGGAGAACAACGGCAGCCUUAUAUCGAGGGAGAAGAUCGAUCAGAUGGCCACCUGGGUUGGGUCCACCGUCUCUUCCGCUUUCUUCUCUUCCUUGGAACGCUUCUCUUGCGUCAACGUCGCCACCUCUGACCCCGACAACGACGACGACGACGACGAUUACUCCACCACCCCCACCCCCACCACGACCACCACCACCACCACAACCACAACCACCACCAAUCCCCCGGCCGUUCAGGUCACUGGUCAUAACACAAACGACGUCGCCAACCUCCCCGUUUGAAACAAUACGACGUCGUUGCUGCGCUGUAUAGUCAUUUUUCCUUGUCUUCCUUUUUAUGUACAAUAAGUAAGGGAUACCGAUUUCAAUUUCUACACUGUGAUUAACAUGUGAUGCCAUUUUGUGCCUAUUUUAAAUACAUAUGCUUAU